AUGCUUUUGGAUUCCGAGGACUUAAUAGUAAUGUCUAUUAUCAUUCGAAAUGAUGAUCAAGUUCUGUCUGCCAGGAAGGUUCAAGUUCUACUGGGUUAUUUUGUCCGCUGCAUAAGAAGAGCGGGUGGGUUCCGGAAUUCACAAAACCCUACUCUGGAAGCAAAUCUUGAUGCAGCAGUAGCUCAUGAUCCUGAAGAACUGAUACUGGAGUUGCAGCCUGCUGAAAGGGGCUUACAAAGUCAAAUUCUGGAAGCAGAUCUAGUUUUAUGGACAGUUGGGUCUAAACCUCUACUUCCUAUGUUAGAACCCUCUGAUAGUCCUCAUGGGCUUCCUCUGAAUGCCAGGGGACAGGCAGAAACAGAUGAAACUCUCUGUGUCAAGGGCCACCCGCGCAUAUUCGCAAUUGGUGACUCUUCUUCACUGAGGGAGUCGAAUGGAAAAUUGCUUCCGGCCACAGCACAGGUGGCUUUUCAGCAAGCAGAUUUUGUUGGUUGGAAUCUAUGGGCUGGGAUUAAUGACCGACCUUUGUUGCCAUUUAGGUUCGAGACCCAAACACAUUCCUUAGAGAUGCAUCAGCAAAAAUGUCGAAUGUUGAUGAUGAUGAGCAACCUGCCAGCGACAAUAGUAGACAUCAACAACAAUAAAGCACAAAAAGCUGUGGCAAGAGAUGAUGAACAGCAACUAGACAAGCCAUCUUCCUCUUCCGUAGUAAUUGGUUCGGUGCUGAGAAAUGAUGAGGGCAGCGAUAGUCAAGCUUGAAAAAGACAAUCGUAGUGUCAGAUCGCAGUUAUGGAGCUUAGGCACUGAUAUGAAGCUGAUGUAACCUGGUUCUUGAGCAUUUUAUUGAACACAUGACAGGCAAAAUUCCCAAUCUGCAGUUUUAUACUCUUUCAUAGAUAAAGGAUUUGUAUACAAAAGAUAGGAUAUUGAGGGGGAGAGAGAUAAGCAAGAAAUGGG